CGAGGAUAAUCCUUUAAACGAUUACAACGAAGAAUCAACCGAAGUUGAGGAAGCAUCAACUGAGGCCUCUCCAGAUGAGAUAGAUGUUUUUUUCCAAAGUGCUCCUGAUGUUGUUAAAAACAUUAAAACGAAGACCAGAAAGCAUAAAUUAAUGGAAGAAGAUACUGGAAGCAAAAACUCAACCAAGGGCGCUAAGAGAAAUAAAUCAAAUAACAUUAUCGUUGAUGCUGGCCAAUCAACCAGUGUUCCCUCUAUGAAUGUACAACGAACAUCCACUGAUUUCAACCCCGAGGAUGUGAGCGGAACAGAAGAUGCGAUCGUGGAUGCUGGGCAAACAGCUAACGAUGAAUCCGAAUCAUCCGUCCAAGAAAAUACUACAGAGAAAUCGGAAAAGUCAAGGACGAUACUUUCGUGGGGACAUGUUGCUGAUAAGAUAAAAAUUUCUAAUAAUUCAGAUCACGAUUGGUUGGCAAACGGCUAUAAUAUUUCUAGAGAUUUUCGGGAAUUUCAAAUACAAGUGGUUGAUCAAUUAAAGAACGAUCUAACAUUUUCCUACGCGACCGAUGUUGACAAAAUCUUGUGUCUUUCAUCAAUUAUCUAUGUAAAGGAGGAUAAACCAAAGUAUAUAAAAUGUUCCGAUCAAGUCUGGAAAACUGCGUUACCUAAACCUUUAACCCCAGCAUCUUUGCCAAUAAGUGCUCAAAUGAACAUCAUGGAAUAUAGUAUGCUUUUAACUAAUAAAGAGGAAUUGGACAUAAAAUGGCAUCAAAAUUGGUCCAAAUGGGAUCCAUCGAUGACCAAAGAAGAAAAGAGUAUGUUUGAUUGUGUUCAACUCGUGACAAGAAAUUUUUUCUUAAACUUACCAUCGGACAACAUUAAAAAUGUUAUGGACGAGGACACUUUUGUCCACAGAUAUUGUCAUUUGAUGUUUGAGGAAAUAUUUAGCAUGAAUCAUCUUAAAUUCGUAUGGGCCAACGGCGAGUCUAAUA